ACUGGUAAGAUAGGGACUUUCUUUAGUGAAUUUUGUGGGGGCUGCCUGUAGUCGUCACUGUAUACAAUCGGCUGAGCACCGAUGACUUUUAUAAAGCUCCUGACGAAGACCAAUUCUGCUUGAUCAGCCAUUCCUCUUGUCCUUGUACGAUUGAUUUGAGACAGAGCAGUGCAGCCUAGUGCUUUGGCUAUGGAGUGUGGCGGUGCAGUUAUGAUGGAAGUUUGUGACCACUGUCACGUCCUCAUUAGUGCAUGUGACCGUGACCCGGAAUCCAUUCGCGUCACACUCGUCCCUCCUCCCAAAGUUCGAUGGCUUCAGGUUUCAGUUACACUGGAGGCCGUUCGCGGUGUUUUGCCUACUGGCAAGAAUUCUCGAAAUGCUACGCUGAAGCUGACGCGCCUAGCCAAUGCCGUCUGCCGGCGGAUGACUACCUAGAGUGCCUCCACCACACGAAAGAAAUUGCGCGUGCAAAGGCUGUGAAGGCUGAGUUUAUUAAACAGGCGGAACACCAUGCCAAAGAAGGCCGUAAAGUGGCCGAUGUUCUUGCAGACGGCGUGAUUGUUGGAGUGGGGCUGAUACAACGAGACCAAGGCGGAGGAGGCAAGCACAAGUAGUAUACUGAAAUACCCUUUGUCGUUGGUUCGACUUGGACGGUUCCAUCCUUCCGCAUUCUUACUGCCUCGGGGCUGUCAUGCGGAGCGUUAAGCCGAUCAGGUGCUGGAAUUCGAAUGGAAUCCACGUUUUCAGAGGGCAUCCUUGCGGCUGACUGUAGUGAUUAUAAUAUCUCAAACAACGUGUUUCUUGCGUGUUUCCUGCAUUUUCU